AAAACCGCGUGUACAUCCGCACAAAUACAUACUCCCGUGCAUCGUCUGUGUCGGGAGCGUUCGUGUUUUUGCGGAGUCGUGAAAGGCUCGAGUCUCUCGCGCGUGGAGAACGAGUGGAAAACUCAUCGGUAUGGGUUGGUGUCGGUGCCGCAAAGCGGGGGACAGUUCGCUUUAGGGGUUGCAAGGGGGUAGAUGCGUCGGCGUGUUGCGCCGUAGCUUUUGCCGCGGCGCCUGGCAGUCCAUUGGCGAAGCCCUAACGAGCAGCGGGCGAGAGCGGAGCAUUCCCACGGAAAGAUUCAUAAGAACUCGAGCGAGCGAAAGUGGACGUGUGUUUUUUUUUCUCGCGCGUCGAUCCAAUUUUUUUCGACACACGCCGCUCCAGUUCCGCGGCGACGAUCUGUCAUCCCUGCCGGUGUGUCACGAUAUAUUUUACGUCGCGUCGUAGUAAAUAAGCGUCUCGCGGAACCAAAUACGUAAACACGAGGGAUUCUUCUUCGUGCGAACUCUUGAGACGGCGCUGUGAAGUGAUUCGCGCGAUUCGUAUGUCGUUCGGAGACGGACGGAAAAUUUGAAAAACGGUGUUUUUCGACCCGGAAUCCUCGAUGAACGAGCAUCGUGAAAUUUUAGUGCUUCGGACCUCGAAUCUGUCAACGACAUGUGAUCGUACACGAGAGAAAGGAAGAUAAAUCGCGCGUGAUUUGCACGCCCGAUUUCGAACUAAUCGCUUUUCACAUCGGUCGCCGUGGUUCGUGGAGUGAUCGUAAAAAUUGGAAUAAGUUUUAUUAAAUUGCUAAUAGACCGGAUGCUGCUCUCUUCCUUCUUUUCUUCGUUCAGUACGUAAACCGGAAAGUGUCAAUAAAGGAGGAAGUUGUGAUUUUUGACAGAGCCAAUUUCACAGUGAAGUUGCAUGAAGACGAACGAACGUGCGAGUAAUACGUCAAAAGAGGGAGAAAGAAAUAAAGCAGAGGGGGAGGAAGUAAAAAGUGGAAAAUUGGAGGCCACAGCGCGAAGAAAUUCCUAGUUCCGUUGUACGGAAAAGAUAGUACCAGUGCUUAACAACUUUGAGAAUAGAGAUGAGUUGAGGAUUGACUACGAUGUUGAGUUGUCUUUCGGCCGUGGUGGCCUCCAUUUUGGUUCACCAGAUACGUUUCCUGUGCACCGCCAAUACUUUGGGUGCGAAGCCAUUUCCAGGAUUUGAAAACUUACCACGCUCGAUUUGGCAUGAACUUAGUUCACCUUUCACAGAGGUGUAUGAGGUGGAGAGUUUCGUGACUGAAACAGGCGGUACUCCUGAACCGAGGCCGUUUUUCGAGGAUCCCGAAAGCAACAUUACCGUACAGCUUGGUACUGAAGUUUACAUGCACUGCAGGGUACAAAAUUUACAAAAUACUCUUAAGGUAUCCUGGGUGCGUAGACGGGGAGAGGAGCUCCAUUUACUCACCAUCGGUCUGGACACAUACGCGAGCGACUCCAGAUUCUCCCUGGCCUUUGAGAAGCCUAAUGACUGGCGAUUGCUCUUGCGCUCUGCUACAGAACGCGAUGCCGGCCUUUACGAGUGUCAAGUCAGCGCCCAUCCACCAUUAAUCAGAACUGUCCAUCUAGCGGUGUCAGUGCCGAAGGUGGAAAUUGUCGACGAGCAUGGUGCCACGGCUGCCGAUAAGUUUUACAAAGCAGGUAGCACAAUAGAGCUGAAGUGUGUAGUCAGCAAUAUACCGCAACCCACCGGCUAUGUCACGUGGCGGCACGGACUUCGUACGUUGAAUUACGACACGACUCGUGGUGGCAUCAGCGUCAAGACGGACAUGGGUGCAGCCGGUGCGGUAUCUAGGCUCUACAUUGCAAAUGCGAAUAAAAAAGAUAGCGGGAACUACAGCUGCGCCCUGGCGAAUGUAGCAGCAGUCACUAUGGUGUCCGUCCACGUGUUAAAUGGGGAGAAUCCAGCUGCCAUGCAACACGGCGGUACCUCGGCCCCGAGAGCGACCUUUAUCUUCACCGUUGUGAUAUCACUAUCGUCGCUCUUAAGGUGACCGUGAUGACCCCGGUGCAUUUUGGACCUGCGAUUCGAAUGGUGCUAACUUUCUCCCUCCCCAUGGAGACUCGCGCGCUCGGAAUGUCCUCUCGAAACGGACGGGAACUUUGGGCAUUAGGCCCUCUCCGCCACUUUCGCAGGAAACCACAUGCAAUUGGUGCGAAGUACGUAUAGAGAAUCGAGUUUUAGUCUCACGCGGGACGUCACGGUUAUAUACAUGUAUAUGCGUGACAAAGACGACGGUAUCAACCGAAUCCGUUUCGAGAUCUCGCGGACUUAACUCUCGAACGAGUAGCUUCGCUAGAGGCACCAUCGCAUCUCGCAGUUUCGACGAGACGACGCGUAUCAGUUUCAACAGACAUUUCCGAGUGUAUCUCUCGAGAAACUUGACUAAUCGUUUCCGGCGCCGAUCGAUGCGGGAUUUGCGCAGGACGAGUGGUGUUCGCGCUCUCUGCGAAUUUCGGGAGGAGAAACUUUUCAUCCCUCCCUUCCUCGUGUCUCGAGCUCCUGGUACUGGCAUGUUGACGCGUUGUUAUUGCGCGCGUUAUUUGCGCCCCCCACAAUGUUCAAAUACGGAUCCGUUAAUUAAGAGAUUCCGUUCAUGUGAUAUAUAACGCGCGACUAUGACAUAUGUUCGUGUAACGUUGCUAGAGAACUGGUGGCCGCGUGGUGUGAUUCGAUCAGUUGAUAUCGACGAUAUUUUUCUUUUAUUUUUGUUUCACCUGUGUCACCAAACGUUUCGGUAUACCGACGUAGAUAAGUCCUAUUUGUUCCUCAGAUAAUUAAAUGCAAUUAAAAGUUUACGAAUAUACAUAUUUGUAUGCGUAUCAUUCUCUUAUAAGUUUUAAUGCAUAAUUUUUCGGAGGGUAUAACAACGAAAAAUUUUUUAUUAAUCGAAGAAGACGAGUCUUGCGAGGGUACAGCAAACACGUUUUGUAAUGUUGCAAAAAUUGGUAUGAGUAUAUAUAUACUUUUGUAUAUAUAUACACCUUUGUAUAUAUAUAUUUAUAUAUAUAUAUAUAUAUAAGUAUAUGUAUAUGUUUGUUGAAGUUAUAUUUUAUGUCUGUACACUGUUAUGUAUUUUUAGUAUGAGAAUCUUAAUAUUAAAGGAGGUAUUUCGAAACGUUAAACAUGAAUUUGUCAAACGACACCGUCCAAAAAAUUUGGCAUACCGAUUGUUACGAAGAACAAGCAGCUUUUUCAAUAUCCGUGAAACGGAAAAAUCUGCCACUGUUUAUUACUAAAAACUUUGUUUCAUUUCGAUCGGUCUACAAUACAAUUAUACAAUUACACCCCGUUGUAUACAGAAUAAUAAAAAUGUUCCCAUUUGUCUGAUAUUCAUCAAUUUUUGAUAAUUACAGACUAUAUAAAAUCCGCAGAUCUACAUAUCAUCCUCUACAUUUCUAGUUUGCGUUACAAGCGCGACUCUUUGAAACAAAUCGAAAUUUAUGUGCUGUUAACAAACGAUUGGCAUCUACGUAGCAAUUUUGCAAAUGAAGCGAUCGAUGAUAAUCAUUGUUAAUAAAAAAUUGCUAAAGUAAUUGUUAAACAACAAUUCUUUCCAUACAAGUUGUCAUUGUUACUCAAUUUCAUCUGGUAGACGCAAUAUUUUCGAGGCUCGUAAUAGGUCGAAAUCAUUCAAGCAUAAAACAAUAGUUGCGUAUCAUCAAUGUUCAGUGUUAAUAUUCAUGCUCAUAGUUCCGCGGCGUUACCAAUAUACGAUGAACAUGGACGAUGAAGAUCUACUUAUUCGUUCGUUCGUUCGUUUGUUCGCUUAAAAUAUGCCUGACCUUAACGAAUAGUAAAUGAAAUCCGCAUUGAUUGCAUUAAAAGAUCUAGUAGCCGCUUUUUAUACAUAUAUAAAAUUAUUGAAAUAUUGUAAAUACUGAAUUAAUGGAUUUUUAAAACCAAUUUUUCGUUAUAUAUAUAAUUAUAUAUCAUUUUAUUUGAUUAUAAUGAUAAUAUAAUAAUGAUAUAACUUCUCAGUUAUUUCAAAAAUAAAAAUAUUGGAAAAUUAAAUUAUUUUGAUAUAUGUAUUAACAAAGAAACUGUGCGGCUUUAUGAGAAUGAGUACCAACUUUUUACUGAGAGAAAAUUAUUGCGCGAGCGGUUUUCAAUUCGUCACUCUUUUAUAAAAAAAAAAUUAUGUUUAAGAAAAAAAUGUUUUAAAGUUAUUAAAUCGAUUUGAAUAAAACAUUACAGAAUUACUCGAUGAAAAAAGACAUCAUUGAAGAAAUUUAUGAAAAUGCUGCGACAUCUAAAUAAAUCCUGAAAAUAUCGAAUUAAAUCCGUACGCAAAAAUAAUGUACGCGAGUAGCAUUUGCAUUUUAGAAAUUUUAUAGCGCGCACAAUGUAGUAGUGGGUGUACGAUUGCAUUAGGGGAUGUACUCGGGCAGAACUGCAACGCGCGGGCGGGAUCGGAAUACGUGUGGCACACCGUAAAAGCGCGACAGUCGGACGAGGAUCGAUCGACCAACAAAUUGCCGAUCGUACCGAUGGAAAAUGAACCGUUAAGCAGCCCUAUCUGACAAUGACGUACGGUUAGUUUGGCGUAAAUCAGUAGCUUCUAUUCGCGCGGCGACCGGCUCCCAUCCCUCCCUCUCCGCGUUCGCCGGCUGUGUAAUGUGAUAAUUUAACAGAGGCAUUAUUGCACGAGCAGGUGCAAAAUAUUUCAACGAGACGCGUGCGGCCGUGCGCGAUCCGUUACGCAAAAACCACAUCCGCGCAUAUAACCGAUGCCCGCGAUAAAUUAAAUUAUUAUUCCGAGCGCAAAAAAGAGAAAGAGAGAGAGAGAGAGAGAGAGAGGGUCGGGGCGACGAGAGUAUCGGGAAUGCAUUGAAUCGCAACGACGUCCGGAUGUUUCGCGGACAAACUUUCGCAUUCAGGCUUUUCUUCCUCCCUUCCCGCGGCUACUCCCACGUUCCUUCGGGGUUUAUCGUCGGCUUCUUCUGUCACCGUUCUGCUAUUUUCUUAAAGAGAAGUUUCGAGACGUCGUUUACUCUCCGUUCUCUCUCUUGUUUCGUUGCAAGGCGUAAGAUUCGGAUGGCUUUAAUCCGCGAGAGGCCAAUUUGUGAAUUAAUGUCAAGCGCGCAAACUUCAACGGACAGUUUUAUAACUACGUCGUGUCGCGUAAGGUAAGCGUAAAUUUUGCAGAAUAUUCUCGCUCGUCCCGACAAGGCAAUAGGACCGAAUGUCAUCAGUUUCGAUUGUUUGCUUGUUCCGACGUUCGCUCACGCGGAAUUCAUUUUCGAGAAAGAUAGGAAAAGUUUUUCCAGCUGUAUGCGGUGAAUAUUACUUAUAUAUUCUUGGAAAUUACUUGGAGAAAGGAUUCUUUGUCAAAGAAUAAUUUUUAAUCAUCUUUUUCAGUUAUUCUUUUGGUUUUUCAGUUAAAAAAAAAACAAAGCAAAUUAUAAAUGCAACAGUAAGCGUAAAAAUAAUUACAUCGCGUUAAUUUCUAUCGGCCCAAGCGAGUCUCGAAGAUAUUAUGUAUAUCAUCGAAGAAAUAGUAAAAUAAGACUCGAUAAUAGAUUCAUUACGAGAUGAUCUCUUUACCGUAGUAAGACUCGUAAAACUUCUAUUAUUAGAAGUUCUGUUUCAAUACAUUACUAAUUAAUAUUUAAAAAAUAUAUAAAUAUACAUAUAAAAAUACGAUUUGUCUACACUCGAAUAUUAUGUAAUUUUUAUUUGUGAGCGAUACAAUUGUUAGAUUUUGAUAUGGUAAAUUUAUAUAUAUAUAUAUACGCUUAUCUCUGUACGCCAAUUUUUUUAAUAAUUUUUGCUUUAAAAUAGUUUUACAUUUGGCUCGCUAAUCUUGAGGAGAUUAACUAAUCUAAUUAACUAAUUAAAAACAGCCCUCCGGAGAAUAAAAGCGUCCUUUCGUUUUUAAUUUCUUUUUUUCCCUUCAUUUUGCCCAGGCAAUACGCCUCUAUUGUCCACCGUGCGACGUGACGAUUACCGCUCGCGCAAGUUGGAUAAUAUCACGUGAGUAUGUAUACGUUUGUGCGUGAGAGUGCGCGCGCGAGAUUACAAGCAAAAUAAUCUACGUGUGUUCGAUAAUAUAACUCGAAAUUAGAAGGUUAAGCCGCGAGGGCAGCGUGUUAUUUCUGAAGAACCGCAGGUGGAAGGACGAGCGGCAGAAUGUGUGUGGUGGACGUAUGCGCAUGUAUGUGUGCGAGUGUAUAUGUGUGUUUGUGUGUAUAUGCACGCUCUCCAAUAUAUUCUAUCAUCAUUAAUCAUAUUUCAUCCCCAUGCAUCCACAUACUAAUGUAUACACGAUAAUGGUUAAAACAAGUCUGUAAGCAAGUCUGUAAGUUAUUGGUACUAUUAUAUCAUUAUUAAUGCAAUUAAAGUGAGAACACAAACUUAUAUGAUGCCUGGUCGUCGUCCAUCAUUAAAGGCGGAAAAAGAAAGAGAGAGAGAAAGAGUCAAAUAGGAAGCUCAUUUAAUAUGUCGGUAUUCAUUGUUCAUUAUUUAUAAAGGUUCGAAUGCAAGAUACAAUAAAAUAUAUAGUA